AUGAAUAUAUGUUUGGUUAUCCCAAAUGGCAGAAUCAAAAUGAGAAAAAACCCCUAUGUGAAACAGAAUUGUCCUUUCUUCAGGUGAUCAUCACUUCAAAGGAUUCUGAAUGUGAUAAAUUCCCUAGUAUUACAUCAGAUGAAGCCUAUCAUCUCCAAGUAUCAAAGCCCACGUCUGUGCUGAAGGCUGAAAAAGUUUGGGGAGUCUUAAGAGGUCUGGAAACUUUCAGCCAGUUAUUAUAUGAGGAUGAUUGUGGAAGUUAUUUUGUUAAUGAGUCUUACAUAAGUGACUUUCCAAGAUUUGCAUAUCGAGGAAUCUUGCUUGAUACAUCACGACAUUUCCUACCACUGAAAGUUAUUCUAACUAAUUUGGAUGCCAUGGCCUUUAACAAGUUCAACGUCCUGCACUGGCACAUUGUAGAUGACCCUUCCUUUCCUUAUGAAAGUACUACUUUUCCAGAAUUGAGUGCCCAGGGUGCUUAUACUCCCAACCAUGUUUAUACUCCCACUGAUGUUCAUAAUGUCAUAGAAUAUGCUCGCUUACGAGGGAUUAGAGUUAUUCCAGAAUUUGAUAUGCCAGGACAUACUCAGUCUUGGAGAAAAGAUAUCCUCACACCUUGCUACAGUGGAAAACAUCCAAGUGGCUCUUAUGGACCUAUAAACCCCAUUUUGAAUGCAACUUAUGAUUUUAUGAUGAAAUUAUUUGAAGAAGUUGGCACUGUAUUUCCCGAUGAUUAUAUCCACUUAGGAGGAGAUGAAGUGGACUUCAGUUGUUGGAAUUCCAAUCCUGAUGUAACUGAGUUCAUGAAAAAGAAAGGAUUUGGGUUCUGGUAUUCUAAACUGGAAUCCUAUUAUAUUGAAAAAAUGCUGGACAUAGUGACUUUUCUUAACAAGAAAUCCAUAAUCUGGCAGGAAGUAUUUGAUGAUGGAGCAAAGCUGCAGCCAGACACAAUAGUUGAAGUGUGGAAGAAAUUUUUGUAUCAACUUGAAUUAGCAAGAGUAACAAAACAAGGGCAUCAGGCAAUCCUUGCUGCACCUUGGUACCUAGACCUCAUCAGUUAUGGCGAGGACUGGAAGAACUACUACAGUGUUGAACCACUGGACUUUACUGGAAGCAAAUCACAGAAGGAGCUGGUGCUGGGUGGAGAGGCUUGUCUUUGGGGAGAAUAUGUGGAUGCAACUAAUCUUGCACCAAGACUCUGGCCACGGGCAAGUGCUGUUGGUGAGAGACUUUGGAGCAGUGAAAAUGUAACCGAUAUUUCAGAUGCUUCUAAAAGACUUACUCAACAUCGUUGUCGCAUGCUUAGGUAAGAUACAGAUAUUCUAAGAUUUUAUAGUUUAAUAGUAGAGUGUCAUCAAAGCUCCUUGUAAAUUUCUUGUUUCUCUUUUGUUACUAAAUGAGUGUACUGAAGCAGUCUCUCUUCUUUAUAUGAGCUUUAUAUGAGCAAAAAGAUUUUAGCAUAACGUAGGUAGCUUGAAGGCCGGAUAUGGCUGUAUAAAUCUUCACAAGAUUUGCAAGGAUAUG